GCCAAGCGUGGAGGACAGUGUCACUGGUGGGCCAGGCUGAUGACGGAGGGAGGCUGGGCUGCCUGCUGAGUGCUGGGGCCCAGUGCUGUCAGGCAGGGCAGGACCUGGCUGGUUUUUGAGACUUCAAAUUCUUUCUCCUCUUUCCUUAUGAGCCUUGCUAUCAGAGGUCUGAGCUCCUGUGGCCCACCUCUGUGUGUCCCUGUGUGACCGAGUCUCUUUGUGUUUCUGUCUCUCUGGCUCUCUGACUUUUUCCAUCUGCUUUUCCUGAUCUGUGAUCUUUCUCCUUUCCCCAUUGAAGUUUCAUCUUGUGCUCAUAUAAAGUUUUUACGCUGCAUGCGUUACGUGGAGAGUGAUGGUCACCAGUGGGAGACCCAGGAAAGAGAUCUGUGUGUGAAGGGGACAGGGGACAGACUGUCCCUCUGUGUGCCUGGCCCUGCUUGCUGAUUCUCUACCCUGCCCUGUCCCCUGCCUGCUGCCCAGGGAUGGCAGACUGGGGCCAGACUGGUGUCAGGAAAGGAGCCAGGGUGAGCAGGGGGCAUAUGAAACUCUCAAUUUUGGGCAUCCAUCUGGAAGUCAGCUCCUAACCAAGCUACUCAUAACAGCCCAGGCCAACCACGUACAAAAUAGAAGAUUUUGUCCCAUCCCUGGAGUGGUUUUCAAGCUAGCUGGUGCAACAGAUUUAAUGUAAAGAAACAGUGGAGCUUAGCAGGAGCUUGGGAGAACUGACAAGACUAAGGUCAUAUUGUAUGUGGGGGUGUCUGUGAUGUUUAGGUGAGUGGACAGAAAGACAGAAGUCAUUGACUUUCCAAGGGACUUGUGAUUAGAGCAAGUCUUUGCACUUUUGCUUCAUAACUCCCCGACUUUAUCCAUUGACUAAGUGAGGCCACCAGAAAAAUCCCAAACUCCGUGAUGAUUAUCCCUUCCCCACCGGACCCAUGCAGAGCAAGAUACCCUCUGUAGAGUGUCAACCCAACACGUCACCCCAGGCAGCAUUGUCCGUAGUCAGCAGACAGGGCCCUCAGUCAUCAUUCAAACUCUGAUAGGUGGGGAAUUGGGAGGCGAACUUCCCUUGGAGCUAAGCUGGGAAAGAUCUGGCCCCUCCCCAUGAAGUCACCUGCUUCCUUUGAGAAGCAGGAGUCGUGGCACUUCCUGCUUCUGCCUUUGCCUGGAAGCUUGUACCUAGAACCAGGCUUGGAUCUCAUCGUCCACCCACCACAGCCCAAGCCCCUUCCGCCCUUGACCUUGUGGCUUGUGGCAUCAUUCUCUUAGCUCCCUGGGAUUCAAGUUUGCAGGGUGACACAGGCUCCAAGUGCAAGUGGCAUGGCUCUGGCCCUGGCCCUGCCACAUUCUGCCUCCCUUGGCUUUUAGAUCCAUUAUCAAGUCUUCAGUGUCUCUGGUUCCUCAUUCAUCACAUGGAGAUGAUAGUAGCACCUGGUUCCUGGAGCUGUUGCUGCAGCGCAUUCAUGCCACAGCCAGUGUCACCUCCAAGUCAGUGGCCAGUUACUGGGCGCCUUCCCCUAUAGCUCUGCCCCAUAGGCCCCUUCCCCUAUAGGCUUGCCGCUUUGUUGUUGGUCUUUGAGGGCCAGUCUGCAGGACUGUGGCCCCAGUGUGAGCCCCGUCUCUUGAUGGAAGCUUUCAAGCUCUGGCCAGAAGUGUGAGGCACCCCUGCGGUAUGACCUAUCACCACCAUUCAUUUGGCAACUUGUGUUGAUGCCUCCUUCGUGCCAGAUGCUGUGUCAAGUGCUAGGGGCAGAACACUCUUCAUGGGGCACAGACAGCACAGAGCGGGGACUGGCGAGAAGGUAUGGGCCAGAGGAUUCAUAGUUGAGAAGCUCUUAGGACAGAGGGUGCUUGGCACCCAACAGUGCACCAUUAACAUCAUUAAAUAAAUGGUGUGGUCAUCUUUGGCAGCUGAGAACAGCCCCCAUGGAGCACACAGCUAAGCCAGGCAUAGGGGGCUGAGGAGGACGUAACAUGGGAAGCAAGAGGAGAAGAUGGGACCAGGUAGAGGAAUGGCCCAGAGGCAGCAGAUCCCUGGCCCAGAUGUUGGAGGAGCUUCAGUGUUAGCAACGGGCAAGUCUGCUGGGGCAGAAAUUGACAUCAAGUAUGCCCUCAUUGGGACGGCUGUGGGCAUCGCCAUAUUGGCUGUCUUCCUGGUCCUGAAGAUCUGCAUGAUCAAGAAGCAUUUGUUUGAUAUCGACUCCUCAGACUUGAGAAGCACAAACCCAGGCUUCAAUGACACCGCCACACUAAAGAAGAGAGUCCCAAGGAAUGAUUUAAUGAACACCUGAUUCUCCUGUUUUGCAGGUCAAACCUCAAUUUCUCUGAAAGAGAUGAACGAGUGAUUGAGCUCUAAAUGAGUGGCCUCUUCAGGAAAGGUUGGGCAGUCUGGACAGUUUCAAUCUCAGGGAUGUCAUGAACUUGAGCUUCCAAAGCUGGUGAUGGACCUUCAUGUGGACCUCAAUGCCCAGGCCAAGUAACAGAUGGAAUAGAGUCUACAGUAUUUCUGUCCUAAAGGAAAAUAUCAAUUCUCUUCCAUGAGAAGUGGACUCAACAGAGGGAGGCAUGAGCACUUUACCCAGCAGUAAGGAAGGAUGGAAGCCAAUAAUCCACACUGUCUAUCCUGGUCCUCCUUGGUGGAGUUGUUCAUGAUUCUGUGAUAGCAUUGUGUCCAUAUCAAUGGAACCUACGCAGAGCAAAUGGCUCAUGGAAAUGGGACCAAAGUCAAGACAUAGCCUGCUUAACACCACCACUUAUCAACAGGUAAGCAUCAUUUUUCUAGAACUGAUGGCCUCACCUUUUCAGUUGCCAUAAGAAUCCCCCAUGUGAAUAUUCAGGAUCCUUGAGACAUGAAGACUAUGGGGUAGUCUCUGGUCUGAGGAAUGAAAGACUGACCUUCCACAGGAAAGAAUGGAGGACUGGGCCAGAGUGAGAGGAAGGGGUCUGAAUGGCCACGGAAUGGCCUACAGCUUUGCAGCUCCGCACAAGAUGAAGCCAACAAAGGAUUAAAUGAAAAAGCCAAUGGUGUGCCUUGUAGGGACCCACACAGAUGUAAGGGAUUAUUGUUACAUUUAGAACAUUAUUUUGUGGUUGUUAGUACAAAUGUGAAUGGCUUUUGCCUAGAGGACAUGACCAACAGAGGCUUAGGAAAUGCCCAUCUUUUUAUUAUUGCCAUCAACUAAAGGCUGUGUGGCACCCUCAUUAACAUUUCUCUCCCCCAUACUCUUAACCCUGUAUUUCUGGGGCUGCAUUCUUGAAUACUCUUUGCCUUUCCAGUUCAGCAGAAAUCCAGGUGGUUGCAUGGGCUGGUUCUCCUCGGAUUGGGUUCUUCUCCUUGUGUGUGAUGAAAGAUGAGCAAUAUUUCAAAACACAGUGCUGUGUUAUAAUAAUUUGCCUGGAUUCCCCGGGCAUCUUUUAUCUGACUUGAUAACAACGUAGUUCAUUUGCAGCCUUUGUUAGCUGAUAACCUAAAGUGGUAACCCGAUACUCAUAAGCAAUUUUCUGUGUGUAAGAUAGAAUAAACCAUCUUGUAAGAUA